UUCCAGGUUUUCCAUGGUGGUCUUGUUCAUGGUCUCAACUAUUACAAUUACUAUAAUAUCCCCUUAUGAUAAUUUGCUUAUAUUUACAUUAUAUACUUUAUGAAAUAUUCAUAUUAAAACGAUAAUUAGUUAAUGUUAAAUAUACACUAUUCAAUCAAUUAAGUAUUUCAUAGAUGAUUGAAAAUGUAGCCAAUUUAUUGUACAAUUAAUUCAAAUGCUUACGUUACAAAAACAACAAACAAACGUAUGACAAUGAACACGGCUUCUCAUUAAAACAAACAAAAAAGAAGAAGAAAUAUUAACACUUUAAAAAAAUAUAACUUAAUUAUAAAAUGAACGUAAACGUUUCAUAGGUAACAUCAACUUUUGUAUAUAUAUAUAUAUAUGUUUGUGUGUAUGUAUUAUCCACGUGUGUGUGUGUGAGUGAGUGAAUGUGUGUCAAUUAUGUGCUAUGCACAAAUCAACACUUUUAUUCAUAUACAAGCAUAAAUCCAUAUAUAUAUAUACCAUGUAACCAAUCUCAUAGUUCAGAUUUAUUAACCAAUAUUAAAAUGACCUUUGUAGUUUUUUUCUCUUUUCUGCACAGACCAAAAAUAAAAAAUAAAAUAUGUUUUCAUUAAAAAGAAUAACGCAUUUACCUUACACGUACAUAUUCUAUUACAGAAAUAAUUAAAUUAUAAUAUUGAAGUGUAUGGAUUAUGUGUAAUAUGUAUAUGUAUAACAUAAUUGUGAUAGGUGGAUGGGAUCAUAUUAAUCUGUAAUAGUAAACCUUCUUUAUCUAUCCACUGAAAUUCAUGAAAAAAUAAUUAAAAAAAAAAGAAAGAAAAGAAAACUAAUCAAACAAUAUGGAUUUAUAUACGAAUUGCUUUUGUUGCUAAGGUCUAAUAUUCAAAGUUUCAACACUGUUUAUGUAUAUAUAUAUAUAUGUGUAAAAUCAAUUUAUUUAACCGUCGAUGAAGUUACGUAAUAUUGUCUAAUAACAAGUAAUCAUUUACUAAUCACUUAAAUUAUAAUACUACUCUCUAUCAAAUGUAUCCUAAUCUUAUUCAAUCUAAUGUUGUAAUCAACAAGAUUAUCAUUCUCAUUAUUAUUAUUACUUUCUAUUUAUUAUUAUUCACAAGAUCAACAUUAUUAUUGAAUUCAUUACAUUUUAAACAAAAUCAUUUCAGAAAAACACAAAAAUUUAAUAUUGAAUUAUGUCAUAAUUUAACAUUGAAUACAUUAGCCCAUCAUUUAAAUAUUGAAUUAUUAUCUAUUAAAGAGAUAUAUAAAUAUAUACCCAAAAUAAGUAUUAUCAUUAUUGCAUAUAAUGAAAAUUCAAUCAUUAUAAAAAAUACAUUACAAAGUAUAUUAAUGAAUACAUCAUUAUUAUUAUUUAAUAAUAAUAUAAAAGAGAUUAUAUUAAUUGAUGAUUAUAGUAAUCCACCUAUAGAUGAUGAUCAAAUUAGAACAUUAAGCAAAAUUAUACGUGUAAUACGAAAUGAAAAUCGAGUGGGUUUAAUUAAAUCACGUAUGAAUGGUGCACGGAAUGCUACUGGUGAGAUACUAGUAUUUCUUGAUGCUCAUGUUGAAACAUUGGAAUAUUGGUUAGAACCGUUAGUUGUCCAACUGAUAAGCUUAAGGAAACAACACCAACAAGAAAAACAUGGACAACUAAAUCUACCGAGUCAACAGGAUGAGAAAAGAACUUCAAAAUUAUCAUAUGAUGUAAGACAUUUUAUUGUCAGUCCACUUAUCCUGUCAACACUAGACAAAUCAAAUUAUGAUAAUAUUGAAGAUAAUUUAUAUUUAGGAGGUUUCACAUGGGAUUUAAUAUUUCGAUGGCAUCAUAUUCAUGAAAAUGUAACACCAUUAUCAAUCAAAUUUAAUAAAACUGAUGUAUAUCAUUUAAUUUAUCCAAUUAAAACACCAGCAUUAGCUGGUGGUUUAUUUGCUGUAUGGAAAGAUGAUUUUUUUAAUUAUGGUGGAUAUGAUGAAGAAAUGAAUAUAUGGGGUGGUGAAAAUAUUGAAUUAUCACUUAGAACAUGGAUGUGUCAUGGACAAAUUGAAAUCAUUCCAUGUAGUCGUGUUGGUCAUAUAUUUCAUAAUGAACAUCCAUAUACAUUUCCUAUGGGUAAAGAAUUUACUAUUCUACGUAAUCAUAAACGUACUGUAUUAGUAUGGUUUCAACAUGAUACUAAUUUAACAUUAGCUAGAGAAUAUCUUUCUUAUUAUUAUACAGUAUCACCAAUGUCUAAAAUAAUACCAGCUGGUGAUUUAAAAUCACGUAGAACUAUUCCUAAUUCAUUAAAUUGUCAUACAUUCACAUGGUAUUUAGAGAAUAUUUAUCCUUUACUUAAACAAGAAGCUAAAAAUAUUGAAAUCAAUGAUGAUACUUAUUAUUUAACUGCUUUUGAUAGUUUAUAACUAAUAGUCUUAUUAAUUGUAGAGUUUUUGUUGUUGAAAAGACAAUACAAUGAAUACAUCUCAAUAGAGAUCUAUUCAAAAGUGAAGAAUUCAAUUAUUAUUUCAAUUCGUUUAGUUAUCAAUAGAUGAUUUUGUUUUCAGCGCGAAAUUUGUUUAUCUACUCUUUUAUAUAACUGUAUAGAUAGAUAUUCAAUAUAAAGUGUAUAUUUUGUAUG